CAUGAUCCCGGGGCACGGGCCGGUGAUCCAGUCGGUGCUGGGGACCUUCCUCACCUGGGGGCUGACGGCGGCUGGCUCGGCGCUGGUGUUCGUGUUUUCCAGCGGGCAGAGGCGGAUCCUAGAUGGGAGCUUAGGCUUCGCCGCAGGGGUCAUGCUGGCCGCUUCCUACUGGUCCCUCCUGGCCCCGGCUAUCGACAUGGCCGAGGAGUCCGGCAGCUUCGGAGCCUUCGCUUUCUUCCCGGUGGCCGUGGGCUUUGCCCUGGGCGCAGCUUUCGUCUACUUUGCCGACCUGCUCAUGCCGGCGCUGGGUUUCAGUGGGCCUCCCCACGCAGUCUUUGCCUUGAGCUGCGACCAACGAGCGAUGAAAGAAAAAUAUGAGCAUGAACCUGCCCAUCACCUGGACUACGAGAGCGAGCUGUCCAUCCGGAUAGGUAGAGCUGGGCUCCAUCCAGACAAAGGUGAGAACGGGGAGCCCUAUCAGAGGAGGAAGGGGGCGGGGGCCAGCCUGCCUGACGGGCCCCCGGCGUUCCCCGUGGCCAGGGACGGUGCCCCCGCAGCCAGCAGCAGCAGCUGGAGGCGGAUUAUGCUGAUGAUCCUCGCUAUAACCAUCCACAACAUCCCAGAGGGUCUGGCAGUGGGAGUUGGAUUUGGGGCCAUUGGAAAAUCCGCGUCUGCCACCUUCCAAAGCGCCAGGAACUUAGCGAUCGGGAUCGGGAUCCAGAAUUUCCCGGAGGGCCUGGCCGUCAGCCUGCCUUUGCGCGGCGCUGGAUUUUCAACGUGGAAAGCGUUCUGGUACGGGCAGCUGAGUGGCAUGGUGGAGCCCUUAGCUGGGAUCUUCGGUGCCUUCGCCGUGGUGGUGGGGGAGCCGCUCCUCCCCUACGCCUUGGGCUUCGCCGCCGGCGCAAUGAUCUACGUGGUGAUGGACGAUAUCAUCCCCGAGGCACAGACCAGCGGCAACGGGAAGCUGGCAUCCUGGACCUCGAUAUUAGGAUUUGUGGUGAUGAUGUCCCUGGACGUUGGGCUCGGGUAGGGCAGCGCGCCGCUCCCCGGGAGAAGGCUUCGGAGCAAAUCGUGCGGCGGCGUUUGGAACUGGACACGCGUUAUCCUCUAGACUUUUUUUUGUAUAUAUAUUUUUCUUUUUUUUUUUUUUUGGAUCUGGUUUGGUGUUGAUUUCCUAUAAUUUUAUAUCUCUUCCUCCCCUCCAAUGUCCUGUCGAUGGUUUUCAAAGCACAAAUACGAGUGGUUCCUCGCGGGUCCUGGUUUCCUUUCACCACCAGAUUUUGUUUUCCCCUCGGGGGGGUCGUCGGACGACGCGUCGGCUGGGCUGCAGGUCACCCCGUCCUUUCCCUUCCGCGCUGGGCUGGUGUCUGCGAGUCGGGUCGCUCUGGGUUUCGAUCGUCUUUGUUCUGUAGAAGAUUAGAAAUUCACUCUCCCGUGUUUAAGCUGGUCUGUGGUUAAGGACCAAGGCGUUCGAACGGAGUCAACGCCUUUCGGCGUCUCGAUUUCCAGGCCCUUUUUCCGAGGCGGGUGGAAGGCACUGGGGCUAAGAUCACACCUACAGCCCCCUGCGGGACCGCGGAUCUCCUGUGUCCUGCUGGUCCUUGGGAACGUGUUGGGCUGUUAGUGCUGACGGAUGCAAAUAGUCCAGGCAAAUAAAAAUGCAUUUUCUUGGGAUCGCUGUAAGAGGGAAAUGUCAUUUUUUCCUAAAUUUAUCUCCUAAGUGGGGCAUUGAUCCAAUGGGUUGUGACCAAUAACCCGAGUUGUUCUCUGGAAAAAAAAAAAAAAACAAAAAACAAAAACAACCAAAAAACCUGGCAAAGAAGAAUUUUUGUGUUUUCUAGCAUGUACUCUUUGCAAAGGGAAGGUGUGGUCACCCGCGUCGCCCGUGAUGUGCAGCAGGAUGCGUUUGCACGGGGGCCCGGGACUGUGCCUGGCCACUGCUGCUUUACGCCUGCCGGUUCCAACGGUUGGGAGCCCCCCAGGAGCCAGCGCGGGUUUUCCCCGGUGGUGGCCCUGGGCGCACUUCACCCUGCAGGAGAGCUCGGAGCUGAGCCAGGACCCGAGCGUGCCGGCAGCUCUCGCCUUCCUGAGUAGCAUCAGGAUGAAAUAAUUCAUCAGGGGGAAUUAAUUAUCCUACCUGGAAAGCCAGAAGCGCGGGCCCGCCUCUUUGCCCUCUGCCUUUCAAGCACCUCUUAUCAUAGAAUCGUCUAGGUUGGAAAAGAUCACCAAG